AAUAUGAUACAGCUAGACCACAAAUUAAACAUAAAACAAUAUCUAAGCCGAUCGAUCGAGAAAUAUGGAGAAGAAAUCGCUCAGUGGCUUGUGCCUCCUCUUCCUUUUCCUCUUUGUUGCUCAAGAAGUGAUGGUGCAUACUGCAGAGGCAGCGAGAUGCGAGAACCUGGCAGACACAUAUAGGGGACCCUGCUUCACCAACGGCAGCUGCGACGAUCACUGCAAGAACAAAGAGCACAUAAAACAAUAUCUAAGCCGAUCGAUCGAGAAAUAUGGAGAAGAAAUCGCUCAGUGGCUUGUGCCUCCUCUUCCUUUUCCUCUUUGUUGCUCAAGAAGUGAUGGUGCAUACUGCAGAGGCAGCGAGAUGCGAGAACCUGGCAGACACAUAUAGGGGACCCUGCUUCACCAACGGCAGCUGCGACGAUCACUGCAAGAACAAAGAGCAUUUGGUCAGUGGCCGAUGCAGAGACGAUUUCCGCUGCUGGUGCACUCGCAACUGCUGAUCAUCGGCAGUUGCAUUUGGUAAGAAGAUACAAUUCUAGCUUGAAUUGUAUCCUCUUAAUCCAGUUUAUAAUAUAUGUGUACUUGCCUGUGUGUAAUAAUAAUGUGUGCAUAGCACGUUUAGCUAUGCACCUCAAUAUGAUGAAGAAGAAAUCGCUCAGUGGCUUGUGCCUCCUCUUCCUUUUCCUCUUUGUUGCUCAAGAAGUGAUGGUGCAUACUGCAGAGGCAGCGAGAUGCGAGAACCUGGCAGACACAUAUAGGGGACCCUGCUUCACCAACGGCAGCUGCGACGAUCACUGCAAGAACAAAGAGCAUUUGGUCAGUGGCCGAUGCAGAGACGAUUUCCGCUGCUGGUGCACUCGCAACUGCUGAUCAUCGGCAGUUGCAUUUGGUAAGAAGAUACAAUUCUAGCUUGAAUUGUAUCCUCUUAAUCCAGUUUAUAAUAUAUGUGUACUUGCCUGUGUGUAAUAAUAAUGUGUGCAUAGCACGUUUAGCUAUGCACCUCAAUAUGAUGAAUAAAACGGUGUGCCUUGGUCUUUGAUAUCUUCAUUAUUAU